AUGUAAUGUCCAAACGAAAUAACCGUUCCUCGUCUUCUCCGCCCCUUUCUUCUUUCUCUUCUUCACAUAUAUAUACGAGCUUAACUAAAUUAAUUCUUCUAAAUCACUUCGGCAUUUCCAAUGGCGUCGCUUCUCCAAUCCAAGUCCCCAGCUCUCUCAUUUUCCUCCACAAUCUCUUCUCCUUCUUCCCUCCGAUCUUCCGCGGCGGCGACGGCGGCGGCAUUCCCUCGCCAAUACAAACUCCCCGUUGUCCAAUCGAAGAUCCGUGAGAUUUUCAUGCCCGCUCUCAGUUCUACCAUGACCGAAGGCAAAAUUGUCUCCUGGACUAAGUCCGAGGGUGACGUCCUCUCCAAAGGAGAAUCUGUGGUGGUUGUCGAAUCUGAUAAAGCUGACAUGGACGUUGAGACAUUCUACGGUGGCAUUCUCGCUGCUAUUGUUGUCAACGACGGCGAGACAGCUCCUGUUGGCGCUCCUAUUGGGCUAUUAGCUGAGACUGAAGAUGAAAUUGCCGAAGCUAAGAUUAGAGCCAAAGGCCAAUCCAAACUAGAAACCUCUCCUGCUGCUACCACUACCACUGAUGCUGCUGCUCCACCAUCACCUCCACCUCCGUUGGAUGGACCACCAAUUAAGAUUGUCGCCACGCCUUAUGCGAAGAAGUUAACGAAGCAGCACGAAAUUGAUAUCAACAAAGUGACUGGGACGGGGGCAUUUGGACGGAUUACCCCGGAGGAUGUCGAGAAGGCCGCAGGGAUUACUCCUAAAAGCAUCCCUUCUGCAACUGCAGUAGCUGCUCCGAUCCCGGCUGCGGCUGCUCCUGCAAAAGCGUAUCCCACUAGCUUUCCUGACAUUCCAGGGUCGACUGUUGUUCCUUUCACCACAAUGCAAAUUGCAGUAUCAAAGAAUAUGAUGGAGAGCCUCUCUGUUCCCACAUUCCGUGUUGGAUAUCCAGUUAGUACCAACGCCCUUGAUGCGCUGUAUGAAAAGGUUAAGCCAAAAGGUGUUACAAUGACUGCACUGUUAGCUAAAGCUGCAGCAGUGGCCCUGGCUCAACAUCCGGUUGUGAACGCCACUUGUAAAGACGGGAAGAGCUUUACUUAUAAUAGCAGUAUUAAUAUUGCUGUUGCUGUGGCAAUUAAUGGUGGAUUGAUCACCCCAGUGCUUCAGGAUGCUGACAAGUUGGAUCUUUAUCUAUUGUCUCAAAAGUGGAAGGAAUUGGUAGACAAGGCUAGGGCUAAGCAACUUCAGCCACACGAGUACAAUUCAGGGACUUUCACGUUGUCCAACUUAGGCAUGUUUGGUGUGGACAGAUUUGAUGCUAUUCUUCCUCCCGGUCAGGGGGCUAUUAUGGCUGUUGGAGCAUCAAAACCAACUGUUGUCUCCGACUCUGAAGGUUUCUUCUCUGUCAAAAAUAAGAUGCUGGUGAAUGUCACGGCAGAUCACCGGAUUAUUUAUGGUGCUGACUUGGCAGCCUUCCUUCAAACAUUCUCAAAUAUUGUCGAGAACCCAGAGAGCUUGACAAUGUAGAUGCAGUCAAUAGCUUCUGACCGUUUUCUGCUAUGUUACAUUGCAGGCAGUCAAAAAUGAAAAGGCACAAGAACAAAGGAGAUGGACAUGAAUGUCAUAGAGGUAAGAGCACAGCUACAAAUGGAAUGACGAAACAUCUAGUGGGGGAGGCUCCCAGUUAAUAAUAUAAUUACACUUGCUUUGUACCUGCCUAGCAAAGUUCUCAAUUUUUCAGAUUCUUAAUACAUCUCGACUUCCUUUGGCCAUAGAUUUUGUCAAGCUUUUUUCAAAAAAAAUUUUGGUUUGUUUAUAGAUUUUAUCCAUGUUUUGGCAGAUUUUGAAAACAAAAGUUCCAAAUCCCAAAACUAGCUUUAGACCUGUUUUGGCCUAAAAUAUCACUGUUUGAUUUUUUAACAAUUUCAAAAUUACCCCAAACUUUUGUAUUUUAUUUAAAAAAAUAAAAAAAAUAAAAAUAAAACCACCAUCUGUUAUGACCCAACUAACCACCAGCUAAUUACUAUCAUUUUCUUUUGGACUGAUGGAUCUUGUAAUAUUAUUGCAAUAUGAUGAAUUAUAGUGGUUAGUAAUUGUGUUAUUAGCAGUUGAUAUUAAAAUAUCAGGUUAUGGAUUUAGGAUAGUGUAUUAUGUAGUUCAUUAUAAAAAUGAUAAGUUUGUGCCAAACUUAUCUAUGUUUAGGACUAUGGUUUGUGAUAAUGAUAAUGAAUGGAAUUGAUACAGGAUUAGCAAGUU